AUGGCGGUGUCGCGGGCGGAGAUGGAGGGCCUAUCGAAGGAGCAGCUGGUGGAGGAGGUGCUGAGGCUGUCCGCCCUGGUGGAAGAGCGCGAGAGGCACCAGAAGCAGGAAGUGGAUUUCCAGCGGGAUCUUCUCAAGUCAGUGGGACAAUCUAUCAUAGUCACGGAUCUAGAGGGCCACAUCACUUAUUGGAACCGCGCAGCAACGGAGAUAUACGGGUGGGAGCCGGAGGAGGUGCUGGGGCGGCUGGUGUUCGAGGUGCUGGCGCUGCCCGCGGAGGACAUGAGCGAGUGCGGCGUGCAGAUCUUUGCCGCGCUCUCCCGCGGCGACAAGUGGUCGGGCGAGUGGUCUGUGCGCACCAAGGCCGGCAACAUCAUUGAAAUCAUGGUGGUGGACACGCCAGUGAUGGACGAGGCGAACCAGCUGGUGGGGGUGAUCGGCGUGAGCACGGAUAUCAGCGAGCUCAAGCGCAAGGAGGCCGAGAUCCUGCGCCUGAACGCGGAGCUGGAGCAGCGCGUGGCGGAGCGCACGCAGCAGCUGCAAGAGAGCAACCGCCUGCUGCAGGAGGAGGUGCAGGAGCACCUGCGCGCACGCAAGCACCUGCACCGCGUCGCACGGGACAUGGAGGCGUCGCGGUCCAAGAUACUGGAGCAGGCGAACCGGCUGGAGAAGCUCGUGGUGGACCUCCGAGCCGCCCGCCUCGAGGCCGAGUCCGCCAGCCGCCUCAAGAGCCAGUUCCUCGCGUGCAUGAGCCAUGAAAUCCGCACACCCAUGAACGCGGUCAUCGGUAUGACGAACCUCAUCCUCUCAACGCCGCUCACGGACGAGCAGCAGCAGUACGUGCACACCAUCCGCACGAGCGGCGACGCGCUGCUGGCAAUCAUCGACGACAUCCUCGACUUCAGCAAGAUCGAGGCGGGGGAACUAGCGCUCGAGCGCUGCCCCUUCUCCCUCAUGAUGUGCCUCGAAGAGGCCGUUGACAUGUUCGCUCUGAAGGCGCUGGACAAGCGGCUGGAGCUGGUGUCGUUUGCAGACCCCUCCGUGCCUCCCAUCGCCCAGACCGACCCCGCUCGCGUCCGACAGGCUGGGAGAGGAGGGGCGGGAGUUUGGGACACACAGGUGUGUGGGAAGGUAGGAGAUUCAGCCCUCCCAAGCCACGAGCUACACGUAACAGUCACAGACACAGGCAUCGGUAUCCCUCCUGAUCGCAUGUCUCGCCUCUUCCGACCGUUCAGUCAGGGGGAUGCAAGCACUACGCGCAGGUUUGGGGGCACGGGGCUGGGCCUGGUGAUUUCGAAGCAGCUGGCGGAGCUGCUGGGAGGGCGCAUGUGGGUAGAGAGUGCAGGGGAGGAUAGAGGUUCCACGUUCCAUUUCACUAUUGCCCUCUAUCCCCCGCCGCCUACGGAGCCUGUAUUAGCAACGCCUGCCCCCGUUGCUGCUGCUGCUCCUACUCCAGCUCCUGCUCCUGCUGCUCCUCCUCCUCCUCCUCCUCCUGCUGCUGCUGCUGCUGCUACUCCUGCUCCAUGUGCCUCUUCUGCUCUUCCGCCUCUGCCUGUUGGCGCUCCCCCUGUCGCUGCCUCUCUCAGUACCGUGCCCUCUGCUGCCCCUGCCACAGGUAGUGCUACAGCUACAGCUACUGUCACAGCCCUCCCGUUGUCUGCCUCACAGCCAUCCCUACCAUCCCAUCUUCUUCCUCUUUCACCCACACCUGCCACAGCAGCUAUAGCCCCAAGCUCUGCUGCCAUGAGCAGUGGUAUCACCACCACCAUCGCCACGACCACCACCAGCACUUCCGCUCCUGCUGCUGCUGUUCCUCCAGGUGUCACGCUGGCAGGAGGCAGCACUGGUGCGGUUGCGGCUGCUGGUGCAGCUGGGGCGGACAGACGAGGUGUUGGGGGGGCUUGGGGAGGGCGAGGUCUGCGAGGGGACAGAGGAUUGAGAGGAGUAGGUUCAGCAGCAGGAGCUGCAGCAACGGCGGCAGCAGCAGGGGCGGUGGCGGAGAUAGGGUCACAUGCGAGGGUGGAAGCAGAGUGGGAGCAGCGGCAGAAGCUGCGGUCGUCCCUGUACCGGCAGCGGUUGAUGGAGAGUGCUGUGCUGGUUCCUGGCGCUGCAGCACAGGGCAGCGCUGCGGAUGGCGGGGUGGGGAACUGGGAGGUGGAGGAGGGUGCGAUUGCAGGGAUGAAUGCAGGGGUGGGGCGAGCACGAGAUGUGGGGAUAAGUACAGGGGUAAGGGAAGGAGUGGGGGCAGGGACAAGGGAAGGGGUGGGGGCAGGGGCAAGAGAGAGCGAGCAGGGUGGGGUUGUUGAUGGCAAGGCAGGGGAGGUGGUGGGGGGAGAGAGGCGGGGUAGCAAGAGGCCUAGGGAGGUCAGUGAAGAAGGCGGGAGGGGAGAGGAUGAUGGAGGGGCAACGCGAAGGCCAGUGGGGGAGAGUGAAAGGGUAGUGGGGGGAGUGGUGGGGAGAGAAUCCGGUGAGGCAAUGGUGGUGGUGGCGUGUGGGAGAGAUGGUGACAUUGAGGGGACGUUUCAGCGCCGGACGGAUGACUCUGCGUCUGACAUGGUUACCGAAUUGGGGGGACGGCAAGCCGGGGAACAGCAACAGGAACGGUCGCAUCCUUUCACUUAUCCACCUGCUGUGCCCAUGUCCUUGCCACAUCCCUCCAACCAACAACCCCCACAGCCGAUGGGGCACCACCACUCACACGACUCACAACCCUCCCACCAACCGUGCCCCUCUCCUUCUCUCUCGCCCUCUCCCUCGCCCUCGCCCUCUCCCUCGCCCUCGCCCUCACCCUCACCCUGCCCCUGCCCCUCCCCACACGCUACCUACUCCGCUCCGCGCUCCUCCACCCAGCAGACCACCCCUCGCACCUCCCCAACCACCGCUCCCCGUGCCUCACCACACAUCACACCCCCCUCCUCCCUUUCCACAGAACCCCACACGGAACCCCCUACAGGCCACCCCACAGACGCCCGCACACACGCCCUCACAGACGCACCACCAACCUCCCCUGCGCUUUCCCCUCGGGAUUCCCUCCGCGGGGAGCACGUGAUGGACCCUGCAGUCAACCCCGCCGCCGUCGUGACUCUUCGCCCUAUCCGUGCAGUGCAGGGCCGCACAGCCCUGGUAGUGGAUGAUAGUGCGGCAGUGCGUGCCAUGGUAUCAGCGCACCUGCAGGCGCUGGGGUUUGCAACGAGGGAGCUGACGAGUGGGGAGCAGCUGCUGGAGGAGGUUGCUGCCUGCGAUGUCACCCGCGCACCCAGCCUCGUGGUCAUUGAUACUGAGAUGCCGGGAAUGGACGGGCUGACCGCGGUGAACCAGCUCAGCGCCUUGCCACAGGCAGAAGGGCUGCGCGUGCUGCUGCUCUGCCCCUACGGCACCGCCAACCAGGUGCGCGUGACGGCCCCCAGCAUCAGCAUGGCAGCACUAACCAAGCCCCUGCGCCAGUCCCUCUUCACCCGUGCUCUGCUCCUCGCCUUCCCUCCCCUCGCUACGCCUCCAUCUCCAUCUCCCCUCACUCACCCACACCAACCGGCAGCUGCUUCCCCAACCACCACUCCUACCACCACUGCUCCUGCUCCUGCUCCUGCUCCUGCUGCGGCUGCAGCGUUCAACCACAGCAGAUCCAGCCAUCACAGUGCCAUGCCCCAGCCUUCCUCCGUGCCUCCUGCUUCUGCUUCCUCUGCUGUUCUGACGGCGGUUGCGAGUAGAACUGGCGGCGGCAAAGGUGGUGGUGGUGGUAAUGCCACAGUCACCUCCUGUGGAGGUGACAGGUCGGAUGGCAGGACUGUCGCGGAUGCUGCUGCUGCUGCUGCUGCUGCUGCUGCUGCUGCUGCUGGUGGUAGUGGCAGCAACGUGAGCAGCAUUGGUGUUGUGAGUCCUCGAGCAAGAGGAGACGGGGGGCGAGGAGGGCAAGGAGGGCGAGGAGGAGAAGGAAGAGAAGGAAGAGGAGGGCAGGGAGCGGCGGAGCAGGCCGGGGCUGUAGAAAUGCCUAGGAGGAAUAACAGCUGGCAGAAUCUGAUUGCAGUAGGGGUGGUGAAUGAGCGCACGACGCCUGGCGGGUUCAUAUUGGGUCUGGCGGACAAGCAUCCACUCAAGAUACUGCUUGUCGAGGACAACCUGGUGAAUCAGCGAGUGGCAACGCGCAUGCUGAGCAACAUGGGGUACACGGUGGACCUGGCGGUCAAUGGGCUGGAGGCCGUCAAUGCCAUAGCCACCAAGACAUACGACCUCGUCUUCAUGGACAUUCAGAUGCCAGUGAUGGAUGGCAUAGAGGCAACACAGCGCAUCCACCUGCUAGCGCAGCAGGAGGGGCGAGUGCGGCCGCGCAUAGUGGCAAUGACAGCCAAUGUGUUGCACUCGGACCGGCAGCAGUGCCUCAAUGCAGGCAUGGAUGGGUUUCUCUCCAAGCCCAUCCGCGUUGCUGACCUCGUGGCUGUUGGCCUCAACAUCUCUCCCAGACCCGGCGUCGCGUCUCUCCGCUUCUGCAGCGAUGGUCGGAUUGUCGAGGCAUCGGACGACUCAGAUUCCACUCCCGCUAUCAUGAUUCGCACGAUAAUAAUCGGCAAGGCAGCGCUUGGCGCGGGCGCGGGCGCGUUGGUUUCUACAACGACCCUCCCAGUGGCGAUGAUGAACGGCGGCUUCUACAAGCGUUACGCCGUGCGCGAAGUGCUGGGCGUGGGCGGGUACGGGGUGGUGCGCCGGUGCUGGGACAGGAAGUCGCGCACGGAGUUCGCGUGCAAGAGCAUCGCCAAGAGCAAGGCGCUGCGGUGCAGCAGCGGGUGGCUGGGGCGGAGCCGCUGCGCGCUGCGGCGGCAGGCGGAAGGCGCGAGCGGCAUGUGGAAAUGGCACACGGAAGUGGCGGCUCUGCUGCGACUGAGAGGUCAUCCGAACAUCGUGCAGCUGUACGGGGUGUGCGACGACGCGUACUCCUUGCACUUGCUCCUCGAGCUCUGCUCCGGCGGUGAGCUUCACGCCGCGCUUCACCGACACGCGUUGGAGGACUCUGUUGCCUCCACUAGUGGAGUGGACGUCACUCGAAAGGCUCGCGCGGGCCGCAAGGACAUGAUGAUAUUUCCUGACGCCAUCAGUUUAAGUGAUGAGUUCGAGGACGUGAUUGAGGAAGAGGAGGAUAUGGAGAACUUUAAAGCUCUGCCUGAGGCUGUUGCUCUUGGUAUCUUCUGGCAGCUGGUGUCAGCUGUGCAUUCGUGCCAUGCAUGCGGCAUCGUGCACUGCGACAUCAAAUUAGAGAAUAUCCUUCUGUCACAACCUGCUUCAUCAAGUGCUUCCGGAGGAUGCAUGAAAGGCCUGCGCCUAGACGAGCAGAUCCCCUUAGUGAAGCUCUGUGACUUUGGCUCUGCGCUCUGCCUCGACCAGGCCCAGCCUGGCAGCAUUCUGACAAGCUUUAGGAAGGCGGAUUGUUAUAGAGAGGCAACGAGCUUGCACAGCAUGUACUUCCAAGCCCCGGAGGUGAUAAGAGGCGGAAGUGCCGCAUGCAGGAAGGACAAUUCCAACAGCGGCAAUCUCAACGGAAAUUCAGCGUGUUCAGUGGCCAUCCGAAGCUGGCAGGGUCUAUCGGACGAUGAUUAUGAGGAGGCCUUUCAUGAGUUCAUUGUGGAAUCACACUCUCGCGAUCUCCCUCGCGUACCUUCUGCUCGUCCCUUCGCCCUCGCCGUCGAGUCCGCCGAGCUUUUGAAUUCUAACCCUUCUCUGGCAUUGGAACUCCAUGCCAACGCCAGGCGCUUGUUACCCCUAUUUGACCUCGCUCUUGCUCGAGCCAUGGAGGAGCUAUGGGCGAAGCAGGCUGAGCAGGAAGAGGAGGAAGCUGCUCAAGCGUCAAAAUUUACAUGCUCGCCAGAACCAGAGGAGGGCUACGCAGUGGAGGUGCCAUCUGCCUGUCCGUAUGUUGACAGCAAGCGGCGCAAGCGGUGCAAGGGGCGCGUGUUUGUGCCAGCUGACAGUCAGCGCAGCAACAACAACAGCAGCGGCGUAGCUGGUGCGGGGCGUGGCGCAUGCAUGGACUUCCAGGAGGUGAAGCUGCAGGAGCACGUGCACGACCUGCCUGCAGGGCGCCUGCCCCGCUCCGUGCGGGUCGUGCUGUCCAAAGACCUCGUUGACACUGUGCUGCCUGGUGAGGAUGUGGUGGUGGUGGGUGUGAUGGCUUGUCGUUGGCGCUCUGUUGCUCCUGGCGCCCGUUGCCUGCUUGAGCCCAUCCUGUGCGCCAACAACCUCUGCAGGAGCAAUGCUCAGGAGUUGGAGGAGCAGGGAGAGGAGGAGGAGGGGGAAUUUGAGGAUUUCUGGUGUGCCCAUGCCAGCAAUCCCCUUGCAGGCAGAGACAUCAUCCUGCGUAGUAUCUGCCCCCAGGUGUACGGUCUUGCUGCUGUCAAGCUUGCAGUGGCGCUGAUGCUGAUAGGGGGAGUGCCGCACACGGACCCCUCAGGCACCCGUGUGCGUGGGGAAAUGCACCUGCUGCUCGUUGGGGACCCAGGCACGGGCAAGUCCCAGUUUCUCAAGUACGCAUCGAGGCUGUGCCAUCGUGCUGUGCUCACCACUGGGCUAGGAAGCAGCUCUGCAGGCCUCACUGUCACUGCUGUCAAGGACGCAGGUCAGUGGAUGCUGGAGCCAGGCGCUCUUGUGCUGGCAGAUGGGGGGCUCUGCUGCAUCGAUGAAUUCAGCAGCAUUCAGAAGGAUGACCAAGCAGCGGUGCAUGAAGCCAUGGAGCAGCAGACAAUAAGCAUUGCUAAGGCUGGCAUAGUCACCACUCUACCUUCCCGUUGCAGUGUGUUCGCAGUCACAAAUCCCAAGGCCGCAUAUGACGCUGACACCUCGCUGGUGGUGAACACAGGGAUUGCCAGCCCCCUGCUGAGCCGCUUUGACCUCGUGUUACUGCUGCCCGACACCUCUGAGGCCUCGUGGGAUGAGCGCGUGGCUCAACACAUCCUUGCUGAGCACACUGUCGUCUCCUUGACUCCACCCACCGACCUCUGGUCAAUUCAAAAGCUUCGCAGCUACAUCCGGCGUGUGCGGCAGUCGUUCUCCCCCAUGGUAUCAGAGGAGGCACAGGCUGUCAUCAGUGCCUACUAUCGCCAGCAGCGGCGGGACGCAGAGGACAACGCAGCGCGAACAACCCUCCGCAUGCUCGAAAGUUGCAUACGCAUAGCACAAGCGCAUGCAAGGCUCAUGUACCGCACGACAGUGCUGCGCCAGGAUGCAGUGGUGGCAGUCACAGCCAUGGAUGCUUCCAUGUCCACCUCACGCCUCUUCCCCUCCCAUGCCCCCACCAACGCUGCCUUCCCUGACGACCCUGCUGCUGCCUACUGUGACAUGGAAGCAAUAGUGCUGCAGCAGCUAGGCCUCUCAAACAUAGACUCUGACACACCCACUCAGCCCCCCUUCUCGUCCACCCCUUCAACUGGAGUUCCCCCCAACACUCCCCUCACCGCCAACCAACACCACCCCAACGCUUACUCCAUUCCGCGUGCGACGGCACGGGUGGGGUUCACAUCAGGCCAAAGGCGCAAGGCCUCAGAAGCAGCAGCAGCAGCAGCAACACCCCCAGCAGCAGCAGCAGAGCCAGGGAUCCAGGCAGGAGCACUUAGGCACAGUGUGGGUGGGCCCAGGUUACAGCAGUGCUCGAGAGGGAGAGCCAAGUGGUCAGCACGGCGAGAGCAGGGUGAGGAUGAGGGAGGCUUGUAG